UUACAAGAACUUAUUUCAUAUAUUUUCAAAUUUUGAUCGUGCUCGUACAUUGCAGCUUUCUUUAACAAGAAGAACACGUAAAAAAAUAUUAUUUCUUAGAAAAGCACAUCCAUAGGAAGCAUCGCUCGUGUUAUUUCAAAUUAAGAACUUGAACCUUGCUUGAUUGAAAGGACUCGAAUAGUUAAGUUAUUCAUGGAAGAGAUGGCACAACAAGUAAAGCGUCCUUUUGGUGUUCCUGAAGAGCCAGAAUUCACUGUUGGGUUGGAUGCACCAUUGAGGGAGUUGAAAAUGGAACUUCUUAAAGAAGGUGUGUCCAUCAUUGUGCUGACUGGUUUAGGUGGAUCGGGAAAAACCACUUUGGCUACAAAGCUUUGUUGGGAUGAACAAGUCAUAGGUUCAUUCAAGGAAAAUAUUUUAUUUGUCACCUUCUCAAAAACACCUAAGCUGAAGAUUAUCGUCGAAAGACUAUUUGAAUAUUGUGGAUAUCAGGUGCCUCAGUUUCAAAGCGAUGAAGAUGUGGUUAAUCAAUCGGGACUUUUGCUGAGGAAAAUUGAUGCAAGUCCUAUGUUGUUGGUCCUGGAUGAUGUCUGGCCUGGCUCAGAACCCUUAGUUGAGAAAUUUAAGGUUCAGAUGCCAGAUUAUAAAAUUUUGGUGACUUCAAGAGUUGCAUUUCCUAGAUUUGGCUCUCCAUACAUCUUAAAACCUCUUGUUCAUGAAGAUGCAAUGGCCCUUUUUUGUCACCACACUCUCUUAGGAAAAAACAGCUCAAAUAUUCCUGAAGAAGUUGUCCAAAAGAUUGUUAGACAUUGCAAGGGCUUACCGCUUGCCAUUAAAGUGAUUGGUAGAUCACUAAGUAAUCAACCUUACGAGUUGUGGCAAAAGAUGGUGGAGAAAUUGUCACAAGGUCAUUCCAUACUUGAUUCUAACACUAAAUUAGUUGCUUCCCUCAAAAAGAUCUCAGAUGUCUUGGAAGAUAAUUCCAUCAUCAAAGAGUGCUUCAUAGACUUAGCUUUAUUUCCUGAAAACCAAAAAAUUCCUGUUGCUGCUCUUGUGGAUAUGUGGGUAGAGUUGUAUGGACUAGAUAAUGAUGGCAUAGUAAUGGCCAAUGUCAACAAAUUAGCUUCCAUGAAUCUGGCUAAUGUCUUAGAAACAAGGAAAAAUACAAGUGACACAGACAGUUACUACUACAAUAACCAUUUCAUCAUCCUUCAUGGUAUUCUAAGAGACAUCACAAUUUAUCAAGGCACCCAGGAACAAGUUGAACUGAGAAAAAGACUUAUGAUUGGCAUAACUGAAAAUAAAACUGAAUGGUGGCUAAUUAGAGAAAAACAGCAAGGCAUGAUGAUUCGCAUAUUGUCUAUAUCAACCGAUGAAACUUGCACAUCAUAUUGGUCCCAUCUGCAACCAACUCAAGCCGAGGUUCUGAUUUUAAACCUUCAAACUAGUCGGUACACCUUUCCAAAGUUCUUGAAAGAAAUGAGUAAACUAAAAGUUCUGAUAGUCAUACGUCAUGGUUUCCAUCCUUCUGAAAUGAAGAAUUUUGAGUCGCUUGACUCAUUAUCCAACCUAAGAAGAAUGAGAUUAGAGCGGAUUUCUGUUCCUCCCUUUGUCAUGUUGAAGAAUCUUAAAAAAUUAUCCCUUUACUUUUGUAAUACAAGACAGGCUUUUGAAAACGGAAACAUGCUAAUUUCAGAUGCUCUUCCAAUUCUAGAAGAUUUGAAUAUUGACUAUUGCAAUGAUAUGGUGGAAUUGCCUACGGGGCUAUGUGAGAUCACCUCCUUGAAGAUGCUCAGUAUUACUAAUUGCCAUAAGCUUUCAGCAUUGCCCCAAGAAAUUGGAAAUUUGGAGAAUUUGAAACUUAUAAGGCUAAGUUCCUGUACUGAUUUGGAAGGGAUACCAAAUUCUAUUGGAAGGCUUUCAAAUUUAAGGCAUAUGGACAUCUCAAACUGCAUAAGCCUUCCUAAUUUGCCAGAGGACUUUGGUAAUCUUUGUAAUCUAAGAAAUCUGUACAUGACAAGUUGUGCAAGGUGUGAAUUGCCACCCUCAAUCAUCAAUCUUGAGCAUUUAAAAGAGGUGGUAUGUGAUGAAGAGACGGCUGCUUCUUGGGAUGCUUUCAAACCUAUGCUUCCCAAUCUAAAGAUAGAUAUUCCUCAACUUGAUGUCAACUUGAAUUGGCUACAUGAAAUUCACUCCUAAUACUUGUUUCAUGCGAAUGUCAUUGCGUUUGCAAGUUGUUGUUGAUCACACGAGAAAAUAAAGGGACAAUAUUUGGUUUGUUGUUGACGAACUCAUGAAACAAAAAUUCUGUGAUGUCCAAGGCAAAAAGGGAGAAGUAAUUGUUAUUGUUUUGGUUGACUGUCUGCGUAAUUUAUAUAAGAUAAAGUGUUAGGAAAUAGCUUGUUAGUACAAAUUCGUGUGGUAAAAAUACUGUAUAUUUUUUUUCA